AUGGCUGCCAACUUCUACGCCACCUUCCCAGCCCUCGGAUACCCCGGCUAUCCUCCGUUCUUCACCACCACCACAACGACGAGCACUAUCAGUCCGACAGUGCUGACGACGACUACGAGCCCAACGUCUACUAAAUCCUCGAUGGCGCCAAAUCACGGAGUUGACAACCGCCGCAAUGGCCGUCGAGAGCGCACCUCAUUCAACCGUCACCAACUCGACCAACUCGAAAAAGUUUUCGUCGAAACCCAAUAUCCAGAUGUCCACAAGCGCGAAGCCCUCGCGAAAGCUAUCAAUCUCCCCGAGGGGCGUGUUCAGGUGAUUACGGUCUGGUUCAAAAACCGUCGGGCCAAGGAGCGUAACAACAAGAAACUGGAUGGCCCACAUGAGAGUAUCUCGUCUCGUUCGUCCAAUGAUUCACCACACAGUGACAUCAAGCCGGACGUGAAACCGUUUGGCCUUCACACUCCACCGGACUUCAACGCAGCUAAAUAUGAGGCCAACUCGCUGGUCUUGAGCCUUCAGCAACAAUCGCAGCUACAACCAAAAAGUGAAUUGGAGGAUACAAAGGAGACGACAGAGUCUAAAUAUGAUACAACAUCAUCCCAGUCAUUAAUUCCACAAGCGCAGGCAGCAGCCUGGACGUACAACGCCGCAACUGCUCCGUACGCCUACCCAUACCAGACAUAUUUCCCGUCCAACUUCUACUACCCUCCAUACAACAGUGACUACACGCCAAACAACGCGACGUACUGCUCCGGAUCUCCUGAUGUUUCUAUGCCGACAUGUGCGAAAUACUAA